AUGGCAGAGUUUCCAACCAGCUUCCGACACGACGACCAGGACAUCUACCUAACGCCCAGGUAUCACGAAGACGAUUCAGACGACGAAGGUAACAUACCCUGCUGCGACUUUGACGACUUUGACGACAUCUACUUUGCGAACCCCGAGACGUGCUACGCGUCGGCUUAUGGCGCUGCAUCGAACAUGUCCAAGGCGCCGUCAAAGGGCGUCGCACCGCGCAUGUCGUUCUCCCUUGUGCACCUUGUCAUCGCCCUCAUCGCCUCAGUGUGGAUCUGGUGGAUCCGCUCGGGCUACCGGCCGCAAGUCGCACUUUGGCCCCACUGGAAGAGCUCCAACCACGAGGCGCACUGCUACAGCAUCGUCCUGCUCGACGAAGCCCAGCUCGAACCGCUCGCGCACCUCGUGCUCGGCCUGCACAGGAUGCAGACCGACCCCCACCAGAUGGCGGCGUACAAGGACCGGGAGGCGGUGGUGGCCGCCGGACACGCACUGGUGGGGCUGUACAAGGCGCACGCUGCGGGACAGAUCAUUGCCGACGUCGGCGGCUUCUCUGCGCCUGAGGCUGGCGCCGAGGACCCUUUCGUCGAGCUGCAGAGGGUUGUCAAUAAGUGA